AUGGCUGAUUUGGCAGAGGUGCAGCAGCUGGAGCUGUUGUGCCAGGCUUUCUACGGUGGCGGAGGAAAGGAAGAACAAAAUGAGGCUCAUAAGGUGCUUCUACCUCUUGUAAAUAACCCUGAAAACAUGCCCAGGCUACAGGCAGUUCUGGCUCAUUCGUCUAAUCUUCAGGCGUUGAUCUUUGCGAGCUCGGGGUUAAUGAAUCUCUUCACUCGGUACUGGGGCCAGAUAUCUGACAAGCAGAAGGAAGAGACCCGCAAUUUUCUGCUGAAUUAUCUUUACCAGCGCAGUGCGGAUCUGCUGCACAACGCCCAGGAAAUACUUGGCCAUCUCAUUCGGCUGCUCUGUCGCAUAAAGAUCCUGGAUCAAGUUGGUUUGUUCUUAAGCGCAUCGACUGCCCAUUGGGUUGUUGGGCUAUACAUAUAUACCGAGUUAACUCAGGAAAUGCAACCGAAGAUAGGGUAUCACAUGUCUCGUCUUCGUCGCGUUGCCUUCUCCUUCCGCGACAUUGCACUUUCGUCUAUCUUGAAGGUGGCAGUGAAGACUCUCCAGCAGUUCGAUGCCGGGGCUAUUCGUGUUCCGAAUGAUGAAGAGGAGACGCGCCUGCUCAAGCAAGUGCUGCAGCUGGCGAACAACUGUCUGUCGUUCGAUUUCAUGGGAACCAUAGCUGACGAUACCACAGAUGAGCAGAGCACAGUUAUGAUCCCGCAAGGCUGGAGCGAGUUCAGAGAGGAACGUUUUCCCAAAAUGUUUUUUAGCCUAUACAAUGCUUGCUGGCAGAAGAACCCUCACCGGCCUCGCGUCGAAUGUGCGCGCUUGUGUUUGUCUUGCCUCGUCCUCAUCUCCGCUUUUCGCCGGUCUUUCUUUGAAACCACUGCGGCGAGGAACAAGUAUAUGAGUGCUGUGAUCCUCGGCGCAUUCAAGAUAAUCAAGACAAGGACGGGCCUAACGGACGACUUGUGCUACCACGAGUUCUGCCGCCUGAUUGGCAAAAUUAACACUUCCCACCAUCUCAGCGAACUCUGUGCCUCAGAGCCUUUCAGAGAAUUCCCUCAAUAUCUGUUCGAUUUCACAAUGGAGAGCUUAAGAUCGUGGGAACGGUUGCCGAAUAGUAAACAUUACCUUCUGGGAGUAUGGGCUCACGUGAUCUCGCCGUUGCUUUUCUAUAAGCAGAAAGUUCCCAAUGACUUGGAGCUUUAUAUUGAGAGAAUAACUGCAGCAUUUAUUAUGAGCCGCAUGUGUGUAGCAGAGGCCAUAGCCGACGAUGCAGACAACUGUGACUGGGAAAGCCCCUUAACGAACGAUGUGCUGCGCCAGGAACAGCUGGAAGUUCUUUCUCAGCUUGCACGGUGCCGCUACACGAAGACAGCACGAAUGGUUCAUGAUUUGUUUGAAGAGACGAAAGCGAAGGCGAAAAGCGGUGAAAUCGGGCGGAAAGUUUUUGAGGAGAAGAUCACUUGGCUUGUGUAUCUUAUCGGGGCUCUUGUUGGCAGCAACUGGACAGGCAGGCUCCCCGAUGUAUACGUAGACGAUGCGUCGUCAGAGACAGUGCAAAUGGUAAACGCGGGUCUGUCAAAGCUCGUGCUGACCUUGAUUGAAGAGACGAAAUGUGAGGAGACCCCGGAAACCCUCGAGCUGGCCUUUCUUUACUUCCUGGAUCAGUUCAGGAAGCUUUUCAUUGGCCAGUUCGCCCGCAAACUGGAUGUCACGAGUGCCUUCGCAACAGCACUAGGAGCGGCUGAUGACAAGGCGGUUGUAGCGACCUUAGUGAGCAAGAUUGGCUUCAAUCUCCAGCACCGCGUUGACAUGCCAGAGUGCAUCAAGAAGUCCAUGGACCUCCUUUUUGAGUUUGUGGCCGGGGUACAUAUUGUUCACUGGAUCUCCCGAGCCCCAGAGCUCAUUGUCACGGGCCGGCUGCUACUGGAAACGCCAACUGGCGCCUAUUUCCUGACUAACCACUGCAGCGCAGAGUUUAAGUUCCUCUCGAUGAGCAGGUAUUCGAGACUGCGGACGACUUACUACCUGACGCUCGGGACAUUGUUAUUUUAUCAACAACGGAAAGCUGCCGUCACUUUUGAACAAUUCGUGCAGCCCAUGGAUGCCAUUUUCUUUUCGUUGUGGCAGCAAACAGAUGAAGGGAGAAAUCCCAGUUCGAUUCGCAUUCCAGUUUGUCGGGAUCCUCUGAUUGGCCUCGUGCGGGAUCUCAGGGGACUGAGUUUCGCCUCUGGAAAUAGCUCGACGUACACAGUCCUCUUUGAUUGGUUGAUGUCGCCGGCCAAAAAGUUCAACGGAAACACUCGGAUGACAAUAUUUAGCUGGGCAGCAGAUGCUUGGUGGGAUGAUUCUGAAGUUAUGGUUCCCCUUCUGAAGUUUAUCGCCGACUUCGUCAGUAACAGAGGAGGCAGCAGGAUCCAUUUCGUAGAGUCUUCCGCAAAUGGCAUCCGGCUUUUCAAGGAAGCAUCUGGUGUUGUGCUUAAAUAUGGAAACCGGAUAUUGCAGAAGCAGGACGUCACCGAUACGUACAAGGAAAAGUACAAGGGUAUGGCAGUCGCGCUGCAGAUCUUGAGCAACAUCAUUAGCGGCUCGUAUUGCCAUUAUGCGAUCUUUGAGGUCUACGGGGACACAGUCCUAAAGGAUUCCCUUCGUCUUGCCCUUCAGAUGUGUCUAGCGAUUCCCCAAGACGAUUUGAUGGCUUAUUUGAAGUCGCUAAGGCCUGUCUACUCUUUCCUUGAGGUUGCCACGGAGUCCUUCAUGCAACAUAUUCUAGAGCUUCCGCCGGCCCACCUUGCUCAGCUCUUGCGGUGUGUUGAGGAUGGCCUCUGCGCACAAGAAACAGUGCUUAUGCAGUCUUGCGCUACCUUGGGCCAUUUUGUUGAGUUCAUCUUCAAGCACAGGAAUUCCGAGGAAAAAGAGGGAGAUGCCGUGCGUGCAUUUCUUGAGGCACAGCCAGGGAGUUUACCGCGAAUGCUUCAGCUGAUAUUCCAGCUGCUCAUGACAGGCCAGCUCCCAAACCUGUUCGCAAUAUCGGGUGUCUUAUUGGGCCUGAUCGUACUACAACAAGACGAAUACUUGAAGUUAAAGCAACGGAUUAUUGAGCAGCAAAUUGAGAGCAAGAGACCGCAAGCGGAGAACUGUUUCACGGAGUUGAUGGUCAACAUUCAAGAUGACCUAUCUCCGGCAAACAAAGAUAGGUUUAUGCGGAACCUCUACCACUUUGCCCACGACAUUCGGAAGAUGUUUUCUUUCAGUUUGUGA